GCACCUCCCUCAGGGCCAUAAAAACCACAGACCUCGGGCAGGAGGGCCCCGGUCCGCGGAGAACUAGGGAGACCGAAUAUGGACGCCCUGGAAGACUACAACUAUGACUACAAUUACACCUUGGACCCCAUCAGCCCAGUGGAUAACACUUCCUACGCCGCGAGGCUGAGCACCCCGGACGUGCUCGCCCUGGUGAUCUUUGCGGUGGUCUUCCUGGUGGGAGUGCCCGGCAACAUCAUGGUGCUCUGGGUGACGGGGAUCGAGGUCCGCCGAGCCAUCAAUGCCAUCUGGUUCCUCAACCUGGCCGUGGCGGACCUGCUCUCCUGCCUGGCGCUGCCCGUCCUGUUCGUGACGAUCCUGCAUCACAAUCACUGGUAUUUUGGGGACGCCGCCUGCCACAUCCUCCCCGCCCUCCUCCUGCUCAACCUGUACGCCAGCAUCUUGCUCCUGGCCGCCAUCAGCGCCGACCGCUUUCUGCUGGUGUCCAACCCCAUCUGGUGUCAGAACUACCGAGGGGCAACGCUGGCCUGGGUGGCCUGUGCCGUGGCCUGGGGCCUGGCCCUGCUGCUCACCAUCCCCUCCUUCGUGUUCCGGAAGCUGUACAUAGAAGCCUUCCCACCCAAGACGGAGUGUGUCGUUAGCUACGGCCGCAACGGUUCCCAGAAGGAGAGGGCCGUGGCCACCGUCCGGCUGUUCGUGGGCUUUCUGUGUCCGCUGGUGGUCCUCGCCAUCUGCUACAGCUUCCUCCUGAUCCGGGCCUGGAGCCGCAGCGCCACACGCUCCACCAAGACGCUCAAGGUGGUGGUGGCGGUGGUGGCCAGCUUCUUCGUCCUCUGGCUGCCCUACCAGGUGUCCGGCAUGCUGCUGGCGUUCUUCCACAAUAAACACCACCACUUCAGAGCCGCGUCCCGGUUCGACGCCCUGUGCGUCUCCAUCGCCUACGUCAACAGCUGCAUCAACCCCAUCAUCUACGUGGUCGCCGCCCAGGGCUUCCACGCCCGGCUCCUCAAGUCCCUCCCCGCCAGGCUGCGCAACGUGCUGACCGAGGAGUCCACGGUCAGGGAGUCCAAGUCCUUCACGUCCAAGUCCUUCACGCUCUCCACGCUGGACAGCCAAGCCCAGAAGAGCCAGGCGGUGUAGGGGGCACCCGCCCGCCACUCUGCCUUCCUUCUGCUCCAUUCUCUUCUGCUUCUUUCCGCUCAGCCCUGGGUGAGCUGGUGGUGUUUCAGUGAGCUCUCGUCCAUCCUGCCUCAUUUCCAAGACCAACCAAGACUGCCUGCUGGGGCCACACAACCUUUCUCCUCACCUAAGGACGUGGAAACACAGACACCAAUUUGCCAGGAGUUGCCCUGGUCGGCUUGGCUCAGUGGACAGAGCGUCGGCCUGCGGACUGAAGGGCCCCGGGUUCGAUUCCCAGUCAGGGCA